UGUUUCUCUGAGUUAACCUCGUACAAUUGUGUAAACCGGUUUUCGAGCUGCUUCACAUGCCUAUGCUUUGAACAUUGUGACUCCGCCUCAUACUCAAAUCUUUUGAUAAUUGUGAAAUAGUGAUCUCUGAAUCUCAACUCAGCUUGUUUAGAUCAAAAUAUAUUGAUCAAUCAUGGAGGAGGUGAUUAGGAGGUCUGCAAACUACGAAGCCAGUAUCUGGGACGACGAUUACAUUCAGUCGUUCGAAAGUCCGUACACGGGGGAGAAGUACGUUUGCGAAGCUGAGAAGCUGAAAGAUCUGGUGAGAAUACUGAUCCACAUAACUGAAGAUGAGCUCGACCAGCUUCACCUUAUCGACAAUGUGACGAGACUAGGCCUAUCUGGCCACUUCAAGGAGCAGAUAGCAAAAAUGUUAGAGAAGAUAUAUGAGGCACAAGAAUGGUUAGAAAAGGACUUGCAUUUCACGUCUCUCAAAUUCAGACUUCUCAGACAGCAUGGUUAUCACGUUCCUCAAGAGGUUUUCUGUAGUUUGAUGGAUGAGGAAAGUAAUUUCAAGGCCUCCCUGUGUGAAGACAUGAGAGGGCUCGUAUCACUGUAUGAAGCUUCGUAUUUAAGCGUGGAAGGGGAGAACGUAAUGGAUUUAGCCAAAGAUUUCUCAUUGAAUCAUCUUGCUCGAAGGCUAGAGCAAAUCUCAGAGCCACGUCUGAGGGAGCAAGUGAGGCAUGCUUUGGAGGUUCCUCUGCACUGGAGGUUGCAAAAGCUAGAAGCCAGGUGGUUCAUACAAGCGUACGAGAAUACAUCUGAAGCAAACCUUACUCUGGUGGAGCUGGCUAAACUGGACUAUAACAUGGUACAAGCAACAUACCAGCAAGAGCUCAAGCUACUGUCAAGUUGGUAUAGAGAGACUGGUCUGCCAGAAAAGCUGGGAUUCGCUAGGCACAGGUUAGCAGAGUGUUUCUUGUGGGCUCUGGGAUUCGUUCCGGAGCCUCAUCUUGGAUAUUCAAGGGAGAUUUUGAGCAAAAUUGCUGUUAUGAUCACCAUAAUAGACGACAUAUACGACGUAUAUGGCACCUUGGAAGAACUUCAAUUGUUCACUCACACAAUUGAGAAGUGGGAUAUUAAUUCACUGGACAGCCUUCCAGAAUACAUGAAGAUUUGCUUCUUAGCUCUCUUCAAUUCUGUGAAUGAAUUUGCUUAUCAUAAUCUCAGAGACCAAGGUUUCAAUGUUAUCUCAAAUCUGAGGAAACUGUGGGCAGAACUGUGUAGAGCUUACUACUUAGAAGCAACAUGGUUUCACAGUGGUUAUGUCCCAACCACAAAUGAGUACCUAAAUACAGCUUGGAUUUCCAUCUCUGGCCCUUUACUUCUGUUUUAUGCUUACUUCACCACAAAUCCUAUCAACAAGAAGGAAUUGAAGAGCUUAGAGAAAUAUCCCGGUAUCAUUCAUUGGCCAGCCACAGUUCUUCGUCUGGCCGAUGACUUGGAAACUUCAUCUUACGAAAUGAAACGAGGGGAUGUUCCUAAAACAAUGGAGUGCUACAUGAAGGAGACGGGAUGCUCUGAGGAGGAUGCUCGCAAGCAUAUAAAGCAGCUGAUAGACACGGCACUGAAGCGAAUGAACAAAGAGAUAUUGAUGGAGAAUCCCAUACAGAAUUUCGGGCAGACAGCCAUGAAUCUUGGACGAAUCUCACUCUGCAUGUAUCAGCAUGGAGAUGGUUUCGGCCUUCCACAUUCCGAAACCAAGAAAAAUAUGGUGUGCCUUGUCGUUCAGCCCUUUCCCCUGCCUUGAAUUCCUAUGCCGCAGCUUUAAACAUAUGUUGUAUUUCAAUAAGUUGAGUCCCUAUGCCUAGAUCUCAACUCAUCAGAUAUGUGUUCUGAUCAAGAAGACUGGUUGCUGUUUGUUUCCUCAUUAAGUUUCAUGUCACAACAUGCUUCUUAAUUUGUAUCCAUCAUUAUGUAUGAUUAUCAAGUGUGGUUUCUCUCUU